AUGUCCUUUGUCGCCAUGAAAUACUGCCAUGGAUCUUGGUUCCUGCUGAUCACACUUUUGCUGUUCACAACCUGGGAGCCUGGGAACAGCCAGCUCCGCUACUCCGUCUCCGAGGAGGCCAAACACGGCACCUUCGUGGGCCGCAUCGCGCAGGAUCUGGGGCUGGAGCUGGCGGAGCUGGUGCCCCGCCUGUUCAGGGUGUCGUCCAAGGACCGCGGGGACCUUCUGGAGGUAAAUCUGCAGAAUGGCAUUUUGUUUGUGAAUUCUCGGAUCGACCGGGAGGAGCUGUGCGGGCGGAGCGCGGAGUGUAGCAUCCACCUGGAGGUGAUUGUAGACAGGCCACUGCAGGUUUUCCACGUGGAGGUGGAGGUGAGGGACAUUAACGACAAUCCUCCCGUGUUCCCAACGACACAAAAGAAUCUUUUUGUUUCGGAAACGAGAGCUCUAGAUUCUCAUUUUUCGCUAGAGGGCGCCUCGGAUGCAGAUAUCGGAGCCAAUGCUCUUUUGACUUACAGACUGAGCCCCAGUGAAUAUUUCUCCCUGGAAGUACCAACCACAGAGGAGCUGGUAAAACCACUCGAACUAGUGUUAAAAAAACCGUUAGACAGAGAACGAGAUUCAGAGCUUCACUUAGUGGUUAAAGCAACGGAUGGGGGCAAACCUGAGCUCACAGGUAUCUUGGAGUUACAUAUUACAGUUCUAGAUGUUAAUGACAAUGCGCCAGCGUUUGACAGAGCAAUCUAUCGGGUGAAGCUGGUAGAAAAUGCGAGAAAUGGUACCCUGGUCAUUAGACUUAAUGCUUCGGAUUUGGACGAAGGUUCAAAUGGUCAAAUUCUUUAUUCCUUUGCAACGGAUGUUUCCCCUAAGAUAGAAGCCACUUUUCAUAUAGAUCCAGUCAGUGGAGAAAUUAAAGUCAAUGGAAAAAUAGAUUUUGAAGAAACUAAUUUAUGGAAGAUUCAAGCAGAAGCAGUUGACAAAGGUAGUCCUCCAAUGUUUGGUCACUGUACAAUUUUAAUUGAAGUCCUGGACAUCAAUGAUAAUGCUCCCAAGUUAACUGUAACAUCAUUAUCGCUUCCUGUUCGAGAGGACGCUCCAGUGGGGACAGUUAUUGCCUUAAUUAGCGUCACAGAUCCUGACUCUACAGUCAACGGGCAAGUGACCUGCUCCCUGUCUCCUCAUGUCCCCUUCAAACUGGUGUCCACUUUCAAGAAUUACUAUUCGUUAGUGUUGGACAGCACCCUGGACCGCGAGACCACCGCUGACUAUAAGGUGGUGGUCACAGCCCGAGAUGGGGGCUCACCCUCGCUGUGGGCCACGGCCAGCGUGUCCGUGGAGGUGGCUGACGUGAACGACAAUGUGCCUGUUUUCGCGCAGCCCGAAUACACGGUGUUCGUGAAGGAGAACAACCCGCCUGGCGCGCACAUCUUCACGGUGUCGGCGGUGGAUGCGGACGCACAGGAGAAUGCGCUGGUGUCCUACUCGCUGGUGGAACGGAGGAUAGGCGAGCGUUUGCUGUCGAGCUAUGUGUCUGUGCACGCAGAGAGCGGCAAGGUGUUUGCGCUGCAGCCUCUGGACCACGAGGAGCUGGAGCUGCUCCAGUUCCAUGUGAGCGCGCGGGAUGCUGGUGUGCCUGCCCUGGGCAGCAAUGUGACUCUGCAAGUGUUUGUGCUAGAUGAGAACGACAAUGCGCCCACGCUGCUGCCCCACGGAACUGUCGGAGCCGGUGGGGCAGUGAGUGAGCUUGUGCCUAGGUCAGUGGUUUCAGGACAUGUAGUGGCGAAGGUGCGCGCAGUAGAUGUAGACUCUGGUUAUAAUGCUUGGCUGUCAUAUGAGCUCCAGUUCGCAGCUGGCAGUGUGCGCAGUCCCUUCCGCGUGGGACUAUACACAGGUGAGAUCAGUAUCACUCGCGCCCUGGAUGAAGCAGAUGCGCCACGCCAGCGCCUGCUGGUGUUGGUGAAGGACCAUGGCGAGCCCGCGUUGACUGCCACAGCUACAGUACUGGUUUCUCUGACUGAGAGCAACCAGGCACCAAAGGCGUCUUCAAGGGCGUUUGAGGGUACAGUAGCCUCUGAAUCAUCUGUAGUGGAUGUCAACGUGUAUUUGAUUAUCGCCAUCUGUGCGGUGUCCAGCCUGUUGGUGCUAACACUGGUGUUGUACACUGCCCUGCGCUGCUCAGCACUGCCCACUGAGGUCGCCUGUGGACCGGGGAAACCCAUGCUGGUGUGCUCCAGUGCAGUGGGAAGCUGGUCUUCCUCUCAGCAAAGGAGGCAGAGGGUGUGUUCUGGAGAGGGCCCACCAAAGACAGACCUCAUGGCCUUCAGCCCCAUUGUUCCUCCUGGUUUGGGUUCUGGAGAUAGUGGAGUCCAGCAAGAGAUAUUUGAGAAUGUAAGUACAGAAAUUCUGGAGUAA